AUGGUCAAGAAGAACCUGGUGACUGCGGUGCUGUUGAAGAGGGGUCGUACUGCUUUCCUGUAUGGGUCGGCGUUUCACCGGGUGCUGGAUCCGGUUUCGGAAUCAGACACGGACAAGAUUAAGGGUCUGGUGUUCAGGCAUCGGGGGGAUAAGUAUAAGUGGUGGCACAAGGUCACCGACCGCGUCCUCGGAGUGGAGCUGAUGGUGUCGCGGUCGCAGCGGCAGAUCCCACGUCUCACCUUUGUACCGUCUCCCCUCCGAGCAGCUGCUUCCAUGAAGCUCACUCCGGCGAUGAAGACUCUGCUUGCGGACCCGGCGAUCACUUUCGUCUCCACAGGAGGUGUUCGGGAGGAGUGGCUGUGCGUGCAGGAGGAGUGCGGGAAGACCCAUGGUACCAGUUUCGAAAAGGCGGUCGAGCACGUGCAGUCAGUUCGUCACGGCACUGGGUUGCUCAAGGCUGGCGCAGCGACCCGCCUGAGCAUGGGGAAGCCGGCCCUGGGCCAAGUCAAGAAGGAUUUCAAAAUGUGA